CUUGGAUCAAGAAAAGAAGCAAACAGCAUUACAAGUGGUUGAGUUAAAACAGCGACAGGCCAUGGAGUUGGUUAAACUCUGUUGGCGCCAAAAAAUGCUCAUUAUUAAUGAAUGGAUAAGAUCCGAUCCACUUCUUCUGCUACUGCUGAUUGCUUACCUCAUACCCUCUCUUUCUCUCCUUAUAGUCUGUGAGAUUCACACUCUCACAUACAAACUGCACUGAAAUCCCUACCUGUAAGCUGGACUCUCUCUGUCUCUCUGUUUUCUUCACUCCACACCUCAUCAAGUAAUUAAGGGAAGGUUUAUGAAAAACAAAGGCCGUUUAAACAAGGUGGAAAGAUUUAGCUGCUUGAGUACGCUCAUUGAGGUCUAUUUUAUCCAAAAAGCCGAGUAUCUUUAAUUGACCAGAACUUGAUUUUAAUUUCUUCGAGUUGACUUAGGAAAUAAUUCAAUUCGAUCAUUGGCAUCUCCAAAUCUUGGUUGCUUUGAGCGUAUCUGAAGUCAUGGCAACUGCACAAACAAAAUGUUCCUUAGGGUAUGGCAAGCCUCCUUGGAUAUUUAAAGGCAGAGCCUUGUACCAACUUCACCUUGUUAAAUCCAAAAUUGCUCGAGCAUCCAUUCCGAAAGAGUUCAGAUUAGUUGAAGCAUUUGGAUACACCCUUGGAGGUUUUUUUCUAGCUAGCUAUGAAGACAGUCCAGCUGGGGUUUUUGAUGAGCUUGUGGUGAUUGCGGGAAUUGUGUGGAACCCCCCAACAUCUUGUGCAUGGGCAGCCAGGGUGCUUGUCAACAGUGGCGAUGCUUGUGAUCAUGGACGAAAGGAUGUAGGGCUUCCUAGUCAAGUUGCCAAGUUUUCCAAGAAAAUCACAGCAAUUCCUAGGCAAAGAAAGAGCAAAUUUAAUGGCAUUCUAGACAUGAUUGGUUUGGGCACUUCAAGUUCGAGUACGAAGGAUUGCAUGGAUGUUCUAGUAACUGAAACUAAUGGUCCUUCCGCAACUGAUAUCUGCAACAUCAAACUUACAACUUCUGUUCCUGGGGUAAAAUUUGACAAAUGGAAGGGGCCAGCAAUCAAAAUGUCACUACCAAGUUUUAGCGGACGUACAGAGUAUAACCCCAAUCUUUUGAAAUAUUCUUGCAGUAUUGAAUGCAGGGUACGAGCAGUGCAGGCAGCAAAAGUGUCAGGGCCAUCUUCACCACCGAAGCACGACACUGAAGAAUCACAGAGCCAGCUUAAAUUGAAAACUGUGGAACCCAGUAGUAGAGAACUCCUGGAUGAGGGACAGGACUUGAGCAUAUCUGUAAUGCUAUCAAAACCAAUACUAGCUUUGGAGCUCAGUUGUUUGAAAAUGCAGGUUGAAGCACCAGUUGUAGUUUCCCAGCAUUAGUCGCAGAUUAAGAGCAUUAUUUUCGUUCGAAAAAUCCAUUAAUGCAAUCAAUACCAAUUCUGUAUU